GUCAGUCUUGUGAAGCGAAGACGCCGUGUGGCUGUGGUUGCAUUAUUUCACAAAUUAACGCUAGGGUUUCAGAAUUUCUUAAAAAAGUGCAACAAAAAUAAAUAUUAAGAAAUAAAUAAGAAUACGUGAUCGAGAAAACAUAUAACUUGAAACGCUUGAAAACAUAUUUUAAUUAAUAAAAAAAUGCAAAAUACUCCAACAAAAAAGGACAAACAAUAUCAACAGUAAAUAAAACAAAAUAAUACCUAAAGUAAAAGCAGUUAUAUAUGAGACUUCAGAGUUGCAUUGACUCUCAUCAGAAUUUUUAAAAUCUGUUAUAUAAAGCAGUGAUUAUACCCGCUACAACCGGUUUUUAUUUGAUGAAUAAUUAAAAUAAUCUCAAAGCAGAAGAUGAUUAAGAUUUCCAUCUUGCUUACGUUGUUACUGCAUCUACUUUGUAUCAAAACAACUAUCUUGGCAGAAGUUUGCUCGGAAUAUUUAACAUAUAUAAGCAAUGGAACAACAGACAAGGUAGAACUGUUGGGACGGAUCGAAAUCCCAUCUGUUUCAGAAAAUGACGACUUCUUUUUAAGAGUAGCCUUUAAUGCUGACGAGUUUGUAAAACAGUUAAUUGAAUUGCAUCUAGCACGAACAAUAAAAGAAUCUGUUCGAGCUGUUCAAAAGGGCAAUUCUUUGUUAUACAAUAUUUAUUUCACCAAAGUAUCAGGCGAAUCAAUUCCAAGAGUGACUGCGAUAUGGUUUAAUAACCGACAAUAUUGUCCUGGGCCAACAAAAACUCUCACUGGUAAUCUCGGGAUAGGACACAUCGUAUUCGCGUCAAAAGAGCCACUUUCUUGGCGUCGAAAUUCGAGCAGAAUUAUUAAUGAAGAUGAUCCGAUUGGAAGUUACCAUAACUACUUGGCUCUAUCUACAGCCAAUUUCAGUUUUUCUAAUACCAACGAAUGCGGUAUUACUAACUACUAUACUGAUGAAACAAAUAAUCUGAUGGCCAAUGGUGAGAAGGCUUUACCUGGCCAAUGGCCGUGGAUAGCAGCUAUCUUCGUUGUGACAACAUCUUACAAUUUUCUAUGUGUUGGUACUGUUCUAACAACCAGACAUGUUAUAACAGCGGCGCAUUGCAUGAAGACUUCCGGGAACGACACUGUAGACCCCGACAAUUUGUUUGUAACCUUUGGAAAGUUAAAUUUACGCCAGUGGAAUGAAAAUGGAAUCACCAUUCGAGAGGUCGAGAGCUACAAGAUUCAUCCCGACUUUGCGCACACCAUCUCCGCCGACUCCGACCUGGCUAUUUUAAUCCUCAGAAUGCCCGUGGAUUUCAGCCCUUUCAUUAAACCUAUAUGCCUCUGGUUUGGUCCUACUAAUCUAGAGAAUGUCGUCGAUAGAACAGGAUAUGUCGUAGGUUGGGGUCAGAGGAUCUUCGAGAAUAAUGACUUUAGUCGACACGUUAGUCGUUAUACCAGGGAAAGUGAAAUACCACGGAUGUCAAGGGUAUCGAUAGUGAAUAAAGAGGAAUGUGCUCAGGCAGAUACGCGUUUUAACCAAUUGAUCUCAGAACGCACUUUUUGUGCUGGUUUUCGGAAUGAAAUUGAUCUUUGCAACGUUGAUUCCGGAAGCGGACUGAUGCUUUUCGACUCUAUCACAGGCCGUUAUGAGUUGCGCGGCAUUGUUUCGCGAACAAUCGUCGGAAAUUUGAAGAGCUCGUGUACUUUAAGAUACGUCGUCUAUGUCGAUGUGGCCAAAUAUAUGCCCUGGAUUCGACAGCAGAUCUCGACCACAUAAUUCUGAUCUCUUGUAAAAUGUGCUAAUCGACAAGCUUUAUAUAUAAGGUUUAUAGUGAUACGCAAUAUUUAAUACUCAACUACAUUUAUGAAAUCACACUAAUCUACAAUCUAUUUUGGAACCUAGAUUUCUUCUUCUCAUUGUAUUUUUUACAAAUUUCAAUAAAUUAUAAUUAAUUUUUUUUUAACAAGAAUUGUAUAGAAUCAAAAUCUGUAAACAAAAAAAAUUGAUAAUAUUAAAAUUAUAUAAAAAACCGUAAACAAAAUUUUUGUAAAAAGUAUGAAAAAGAAUAUUUUGUUCUAAAAAUAAUAUUUAAAAAAAAAGACAAAAAUUUUAGAUCAAGAAAAUCAUCAACUUUAAAAAAAAAUUAGUUGUAAUGUAUGAUUUCAAUUAUAAGUGGAGCAUAAAAAUAAAUUUUACAAUUAGUUAAAAAAAAGAUAAUUUUACAUUGUUGAUCAUAAUUAGGAAAUGGAACCUAUAAGUAUUUACAAUGUCAUUGUUGCGAUCUAGAAGGCACGUUACUGCCUGCAUAGUACUGCUACAUAGUUUUAUUAUUUCGGAAUAGUUUCAGUGGACAAUGAUAAUAUAACCAUCCAUCGAUUACUGCAUCAAAUAUCCACAUCAUGUAGCCGAAACGUUUAAUACAUUUAUUUAUUAAUGAUAA